AUGGAUUUGGAGGUCAGUGAACCAAUAGACUUUGGUUCUGGAGAUCAUCAACAUCUGGUUCGGAAGGCAAUAGAUGAUAAGAACCAGGAAAAGUCUCAUCGGUCCUAUGGAACUUCACCUUCAUCUGGGCCACAGAAAACUCAUGGGAGUCCUCGCUCCAAGUCUGGUGAGCCAAGUGACAACUAUGUGGUACAAAUUUCGGAAGAGACUACCCCAGAGCGUAGUACAUCUUUAUCCAGCCCAUUUGCAGACACAUCUAUCCGAAGAGCUUUCAUAGUAAAAGUAUUCCUUCUGCUGUCAGUUCAGCUGUUGAUCACUGGUGCAAUCAUCAGCGUGUUUCUUUUCUGUAAAGCUUUAAGAGUUUGGGUGGUCAAGAAUCCCUGGUUCACCUAUGCAAUCUUGCCAGCAUUUUUUGUUGUAUUUAUUGUACUUGCUUGUUGUGGGAAACUCCGCCGUCAGGUGCCUGCGAAUUAUAUUCUCCUUGGAUUAUUUACAGUUCUUCAAGGCUUGCUGCUAGGAACCGUAUCAGUUUUCUAUAAUGCUGAGGAGGUACUAUGGGCAACGGCAGCAACCGCUCUGGUGACUUUAUCGCUCACUUUAUUUGCUCUUCAAACAAAAUGGGACUUCACCUUGCUAAAUGGAAUGCUGUUUGUUUUACUCUUCGUGCUUAUUAUCUAUGGAAUUCUCUUAAUCUUCAUACGAUCAUAUUGGUUGCAUCUGUUGUAUGCCGGACUUGGAACUGUAGUCUUCUCACUCUACUUGGUGAUGGAUGUGCAGCUGAUGGUGGGAGGGCGCCAUCAUCAUUCUGACCUGGACCCUGAAGAGUAUGUUUUUGCUGCCCUGAACAUCUACAUGGACAUAAUCAACCUUUUCCUUUUUAUUUUGCAACUGAUUGGACUGGGACGGUAGUUAUAUGGCCAAGGCUGGCUUGUGCUGAAAAGAGGGAAGGAGGGACGUCUGUGAAGACAUGCAGGGGUUACCACUCCAUGAGCCCUUAUAUUUUAAAAUGAGUUUUAAAAUAAUUACUUUACAAUUUGUCAAAUGAAAGCAUGCAUUCAGUAGAUGGUAGCGGUAGCUGUUAUACAUUUUUAGUUCCAUUG